CUGGCGUCAGCCACUGCUCGAGCACGCCGCUGCCUGCAGCCCCUGUACACCUCUCUGUCUCCCGCCCUUGUAUCUCUACCACGUUCUCGCACGCUGUCUCACGGUCGCAAUGGCACGCACGGGCUACAUCCCCCAGCACGCGCUCGACAACCUCAAGAAGUACUCCUACAAGGGCGUCGACAAGUCGCUCAUCUCGCGAUACGUGCUUCAGCCCUUUUGGAACUGGUUUGUUGCCCUAUGGCCCACCUCCGUCGCCCCCAAUACCAUCACGCUCACCGGCCUCAGUCUCGUUCUCAUCAACUUUGCGACCUUGAUCUACUAUGACCCCAAGUUCCUGUGCGAGAAGGAGGGUGUGAAUGAUCCCCCGCAUUGGGUAUACUUCACAUGGGCUGCGGGCCUGUUCUUGUAUCAGAGCCUGGACGCCAUCGACGGCAAGCAAGCGCGUCGAACGGGGAUGGCUGGGCCGCUUGGCGAGAUGUUUGACCAUGGCUGCGAUGCGCUGAACACUACGCUUGAGGUCAUCCUCUGCGCUCGUGCCCUCAACCUCGGCCGCUCCUGGUGGACAGUUGCGUCCCAGGUCGCGACGCUCGCCAACUUCUACCUCACCACCUGGGAGGAGUACCAUACCGGCCAGCUGUUCCUUGGCUUCUUCUCUGGCCCUGUGGAGGGCAUCCUCUCCAUCGUCGCUAUGUAUAUUGUCACUGGUUUCGUCGGCCCCGAGUUUUGGGAUCGUGACUUCCUCGCAACCACCCACCUGGAUAGAUAUCCCAUCGUCCUCCGAUACGUCCCCCGGAUCGGCCUCAAUGACGCCUUCAUGGCCCUCGGCGGCAUCGUCCUCGCCUACAACAUCGUCACGAGCUACUACAACGUCUACAAGGCGCGCGUCGCGAGCGACCAGGGCCCGUUCCUCCCCCUGCUCCUCCUCCUGCCAUUCCCGAUCUCGGUCGCGAUCGAGGUGUUCUGGCUGAGCUCCCCGAAGCUCGAGGAGUCGAUGAUCCUGCACUCGACGCUGUUCGUGCCGUUCCUGUGCGCGUGGGGGCUGCAAUUUGCGCACCAGGUGUCGCGGAUCAUACUCGCCCACGUGACGAAGAUGCCGUUCCCGUGGUGGGACGCGAUGUGGAUAUGGAGCAUCAUCGGCGCGGUGGACGCGAACCUCCCCCUGUUCAUCAACCGCCCGCCGCUGAUCCAGAGCACGCUGCCACGCACGGCACUGUUCGUGUACGUCACGCUCGCGGUGACGUUCAUGUCGUACGCGCGGUUCUGCUACCUCGUCAUCAACGACAUCACGGAGUACCUCGGCAUCGCGUGCUUCACGGUGCGCAAGAAGGACAAGGCGGGCGACUGGGUCGCCGCCGCGGACGUCAACGGCAAGAGACAGUGAGCAGGGGCAUGCGGGUGGAUGCUUGCCUGUGCCGAGACGGUAUACGAAUUGCGUAUGGUAAUGAUCGUGACGUUGUUCAUGCGCUUCAUGACUGUGUGCAUGACGAACGCCGGACAGAUUAAUCGAAGAUUAGAUGUGGACGACUUGGAAUGGUGCUUCUGGUUGCUUUGAAGAGAAAAGUACUAUCAUUGCACGUAUGCAUACCCGAAUGUGUAGACAAACACUACCUAUCUCAAUACAGUA